AUGGCCGGGGAGGCUGAGGCGCCGCCGCCUGAGGAAACUCUGUCGUUCUGGAAACGGGAGCAAGCCCGGCUGAAGACCCUCGUCGUGGUCGGGGACACGGAGGCGUGGCAGCGGGACGCGGCCUUCUCGGGGCUGCGGAGGGUCGGGGGCGUGGACGUGUCCUUCGUCAAGGGCGACAGCGUCCGCGCCUGCGCGUCCCUGGUGGUGCUCAGCUACCCCGAGCUCGAGGUGGUGUAUGAGGACUGCUGCAUGGUUAGCCUGACGGCUCCCUACGUGUCGGGCUUCCUGGCCUUCCGAGAGGUGCCCUUCCUGGUGGACGCGGUGCGGCGGCUGCGGGAGAAGGAGCCCCGCCUUGUGCCCCAGGUCCUCCUUGUGGAUGGAAACGGGGUUCUCCACCACCGAGGCUUCGGAGUGGCCUGCCACCUCGGCGUCCUCACAGACUUGCCCUGCGUUGGGGUGGCCAAGAAGCUCCUGCAGGUGGACGGGCUGGAGAACGACGCCCAGCACAGGGAGAAGAUACGACUUCUGCAGGCUGGAGGGGACUCAUUUCCCCUGGUAGGAGGCUCUGGGACCGUCCUGGGCAUGGCCCUGAAGAGCCACGACCACAGCAGCAAGCCCCUCUAUGUCUCUGUGGGCCACAAGAUAAGCCUGGAGGCUGCCGUGCGUCUGACCCAAGGCUGCUGCAGGUUCCGGAUCCCGGAGCCCGUGCGACAGGCUGACAUCCGCUCUCGAGACUACAUCCGCAGGACCCUGGGAGCCCCGGGGCCCCCCGCACCAGCACAGGAGAGGAGCCAGAAGGCACAGGGGCCAAAGGUGUGCCCCAAGGGAGGUUCGAAAGAGUCCAAAGGUGAGGACAGGCCCCCCGAGGCUCACAGCUGAGGUCCCAGGACACACCGCAAAGACCAGCAGCGGCAGUGGGGGAGCUGAGCCAGACACGGCGAAGCGCUCGGGCUGCCCAGCUUCCCGCUCCUGCCCGGAGCUGUGGGUCCCCAGCUGCAGGCCUCAGCACAUGCUGGCCACUCCGGUGACAGGGACGGCUGUAGGCUUGGCCCUGCUGCGUGGGCCCGGGCGGUGGUCCCUCCUGCUCCAAGGUCUCGGGCAGGAGGCUGUCAGGAGACACAUGUCCCACCUCAGAGCACCGGCCCCAGGAGGAGCCCAGCAGUGCUCUCCCAGGGCCCAGGAAGGGCAUUUAGGGUUCUGGGGGGUUCUUUGAUGUGUUUUGUUUUUGUUCUUAAAGUGCCCAGGUGGGCUUAGGCCUGCCAGACUGUGUGUCUGUCCCGGCUGCUCGUCCGCCCGCCCUUCAGCGCGCUCUGCUGCUGUGUUUGCUUUUGCGUUUUAUCUUUCCGGAGCUCAUUUCUAAACCAGCGGUUCCCCCCACCUCCACCCCGGCCAGUCAGCCAUACAGAGUGCCCUCUGCCCCGACCCUGGCAGGUGCAGACUGAAGUGGCCAGGCCUGGUCCCUGGCUGCCCUGCCCAGCGCUGGCACGCUCGGGGAUCAGGGAUCCUGUGGGCUGGCCCGGGUGCCAGAGGCCUGGCGCGGAGAUCCAGGGGGAGCGGUGUCGGGCCCUGCCGCUCCUGCCAGGGGCUGCAAGGCUGGAAGCCAGUUGAGACACGUCCUGUCCGGGCCGGAGUGCCCUCCCCCGCCAGCCUCCUUACCCCAAGCCCAGCCUCCCCUGCAGGGACGCAGCACGCCCUAUCUCGGCUGCUUGUCUCACUGAGGGCUGCAAGGCCCAGCUUGCGGGGGCCGUGCCCCUCACCCACGGCCCCCAGGCCUCUGCGUGCCUGCUUGCCCUCCAGGUUCCCUCCCUCCACGCCUGGCAUUUGCAGACAAGUCUUAUUUUAAGAGGCCCUUCUUGCUUUUCAUACUAUUUCUCAAAGAGCUGGUCGUCACGGUCUGGACGACCCUGGGGCUCAGCACCCGCCCCCCAGCAUCUUCCAUUUUUGAGAAGUGAGCUCUUCUCUGGGGCCCAAGCCCUGGGGAGAAACGAGGAGGGACAGUGAGCGAGGCAGGCUGCUGGCCCUUUUCCCCUCCUGCUCCGUUGGUGCUCCCGAGGCCCCCUUACGAGGCCGGGUGGCUGGGGGGAGGCUGAGUCAGGCGGCCCCACUCGAUGGCAGUGGCCCCUGUGUGGGACAGCUCCGUGGGAGGCAGGAUUGCUCCAGGGCAGGUGGGGCUAUGGAGGGCCACGAGGUGCUCUCCCCAUGGCGGGUCCCAGCAUGUUCCACAUGCCUUUCAGGGGACUUCUGCUUGUGGGAAGGAAGCACCAGGUUCCGUCCUCCUGUCCAAGCCGGUCUCGGUCCCCACCCUCACCCCCACUUGCAAAGCUCUUGGCCUUAACUGCCUGGCAGUAAACACCAGCCCUUCUGUCCCGGGCUAGGGCUUUUCUUGCCCAAAUGCAUCAGGACCAGGGGUGGGAGUGCAGGGUCGAGUUCAGGCCCAAACGGCCUGACGGCCCCUUACCAACUGGCCUUGGGCUAAGCUACGCACCACCCCAGACCCCAGUGCACCGUGUGGAGGGGUGUGGCACAGAGCCCGCCUCGUCAGUCCUGCACAAAGGAAGGGACAGCGUUUGGGGGGGUGGUUCGUGGAGGCCAGGGUGGACAGCCAUCUGCUGCAAAGCUGCCUAACAGCUCCAGUGAGAAGGAAGAACCAGGAAGGAAAGGAGUCCCCCUCUCUUCCCAGCCUUCCCUCCACCCCAGGCCCCCAGAACGCAAGUCCUGCGAGGGCUGCACAGACAAGACCAGGCCUCGCAGGUCCAGACCGUGCCUUAUGGAUCCCCCCGCAGGCGUGUGGACAGGAGAGCUUCCCUGGGGGGCUGGGAGGCUUGGCACCAGGUCCCAGCAACAACCCCCAGGGUCCCGCCCUCUCUAAGGGGUGCAGGCAGAUGGCCCUGGCUCCCCACUGGGGCGGGAGGGGGGCUCUGCUGAAAGCCAUUGGCUCCUCAGUGACCAGAGGGGCCGGGUGGGCAUGACCUGCCACAGUGGGGUCCCCACCUCCCUCCAUGAAGAACAGGCCAGAGCGUGGAGAGGAGUUUACAGACAACUCACCCGAGUGGGUUUUGUUUUGAUAUUAAAGUCACAUCACAAAAA